AUGUUAGCCACCGCUUGGGUGUCGAUUGUCAAAAAUGGUAUGUCUCACAGAGCCAGAGCUCUUAUCGAUCCCUGUUCGGAUGACUCCUUUAUCUCUGAAAGGAUUCAAAGAUUUUUAAAUCUACCCACAAUGCCAAUAGCGGCAGAAAUUAGUGGACUUGGUGGCGAAUGCCUUGCAAGGUGCUCCAGUAUUGCAAUGUUAACAAUAUCGUCGAUCGUGAAUCCUAAUUUUUCAAUGGAAAUAGAAGCUUUAGUUGUCCCAGAUGUCACAGGAAAUGUCCCAACUCACGCAUUUAGUAAUGUUAGUAAGGAGCAUUUGCCCAAUUUAAAAUUUGCAGAUCCAGAAUUUUUCAGAAGUGCCCCAGUUGAUUUACUCAUAGGAGGAAAUCUAUACCCUGUGAUUCUACUCAGUGGAGUAGAACAUGGUAUUCUGGGAUCGUUGGUAGCGCAGGAAACGGUUUUUGGAUAUAUCGUAACCGGCCCAACAAAUAACAGUGCCUCAAGACGUAUAACAAGAGCUUCUCAUUGUACAAGAGUGUCCAUUGACGAGCAAUUGGCUCGGUUCUGGGAAAUUGAGGAAAUCCCCAUUAAAGCUAAGGUCUCUGAUGAAGACAUACAUUGUGAAAAUAUUUAUAAAAAUACAGUGAAAAGAAACUCCGAGGGGAGAUAUGUAGUUGAUUUGCCCUUUAAAGAGGAAUUACAGGCAAAAGCGGCAUUUACAUCAAAUAGAUUCAUAGCACUGAGCCAGUUUCUACGAAACGAACAGUCUAUGAGCAGAAAACCUGAAUUUAAAGCGAUGUAUGACUCGGUCAUACAGGAAUAUUUGUCUCUGGGACAUAUGGAAUUAGUAGAAUCUAUUCCUUCAAAUAAUAAACCUUGUUUCUAUCUGCCCCAUCAUGGCGUGUUCAAACCCGAAAGUGUAACAACAAGACUUAGGGUGGUUUUUAAUGGCUCUUGUCCGACGGCGACGGGUAAGAGUCUUAAUGAUUGGUUAUAUGUGGGACCUGUCCUUCAAAAAGAUAUAAUUUCAUUAAUACUGCAAUGGCGCCUGUAUAAGUUUGUCUUUAACGCUGACAUAUCAAAAAUGUACAGGCAAAUCUUGAUUAAUCCUAAACACGCCAACUUUCAACGGAUUGUGUAUCGACCUUCCCCUGAUGAGGAAAUAAAAGAUUAUAAGUUAAAAACUGUCACCUUCGGUCUCAAUUGUGCACCAUACUUGGCCCUUAGAACUUUACAACAACUGGCCCAAGAUGAGGAGGAUAGGUUUCCCAUAGGUGCAAAAAUUUUAAGAGAGAAUAUGUAUGUUGAUGAUGUAUUAGUAGGCACACAUUCUAUUGCGGAAGCAAUGCUGGCAAAGGGACAACUAAUUAGUAUACUUGAAUCUGCUGGGUUCAAUUUGCGUAAAUGGACAUCGAAUGACAAAGAAAUUAUUAAAGAUUUACCCCGAGAUCAUCUCUUAAAUGGAGAAUUCCUUGAUUUCGAUGACAAAAGUUUGGCGAAAACAUUGGGAAUACGAUGGAAUGCUGUCUCUGAUACAUUUUAUUUCAUGGCAGAUGAUAUUAAAAGUAAGCACUCAUUUACAAAGAGAAGAGUUUUGUCAGUCAUAGCUCGGCUUUUUGACCCUUUGGGUUGGCUUGCGCCAGUCUUGAUCACAGCAAAAAUAUUCAUGCAGCAAUUGUGGUUGGAUGACAUAAAAUGGGAUGAUGAAUUGAAGACAUUGUCUUUGCUAAAAUGGAAAUCAUUUCUUGAAACCUACACGGAUAUUAACAAAAUAGAAAUACCACGUUGGAUAAAAUAUUCACCAGAGUGUACUCUACAAUUUCAUGGAUUCUGUGAUUCGUCUGAAUUAGCCUAUGCAGCCGUAUUAUACGCGAGAGUAGAAAUAGGAAAUAUUAUCUCCACAAAUAUAUUGGUUUCUAAGACGAAAGUUGCGCCAAUUAAAAAGGUAUCUUUGCCUCGGUUAGAGCUUUGUGGAGCUCUAUUACUAGCAGAGCUAGUUCACACGUUUUUGCCUCAAUUGGGGAUGGAAAAGCAUACAUUGUGCCUCUGGUCGGAUUCAACAAUUGUCCUGGCAUGGCUCAAAAAACCGUCAAACACAUGGACAACCUUUGUGGCCAACAGAGUAGCCAAAAUCCAAGAGAUGGUAGGUGACAAUUGGAAACAUGUAUCUACAUAUGACAACCCCGCAGAUCUAGCAACCCGGGGGGUGACUCCUCUGGAGCUCAAAGAGAAAGAUUUGUGGUGGUUUGGUCCAACAUGGCUCACAAAUGACGAGAAAGACUGGCCGUCGAACGUUCAUAUACCAGAUGUAGAUCUUGAAAGCAAGAUUUCCAAAGUCCAUGUCGCUAGAUCUUCGGAACUGGAAUCCGAGGAAAAGGGAAGUGAAGAUGACGGCAAAAUUGAUGAUCCAGAGAGACAUCUGAAAUAUAUCCACCGUUUUACAACCGCAGUGCAUGUUUUCGGAUAUAUUGAAAGAUUUAUCAAGGCCACUCUCCCUGCCACUAAAAGGUCGUACGAGUACGAAAGUUCAAAGUUGACGGCAGUGGAACUGUUGGCGGGACGUAAACACUUGAUCAUGCUUUCUCAAAAGAUAUAUUUUCCAAAGGAGUACAAGGCUUUAUCUCAAAAGAAGCCGCUCGACAAAAGGAGUCCUCUUCUAACCCUCACACCCUAUCUCGACAAUGACGGCCUUAUUAGAGCCAAUGGUCGUCUCGGAUCCACAUUGUCUUUGUCUCACAGCGAAAGACAUCCCUUUAUUCUGUCCCCAAAGACGAUCCACUUGGAAGCCGUGAGUGAUUUAUCUACCCCGGCCUUUAUGGCAGCUCUUGCCCGAUUUGUAUCGAGACGCGGCUGUCCCAAUAAGAUUUUCUCGGACAAUGGUCGUAAUUUCGUUGGCGCUGCUCGCGAAAUUAAAACCAACUUUCGAAAGGUCGUUUCUGAGAUAAAAGAAAGGUCCAUAGAACAAUACGGACAUCAGCACCUAGAAUGGAGCUUCAUACCAGCCUCUGCCCCUCACAUGGGAGGAUUAUGGGAGGCGGGAGUUAAGAGCUGCAAGAUGCAUCUUAAAAAAAUCGCAGGUCAAAUUCAUCACACAUACGAAGAAUUUAGUACCAUCUUAGCAGCCAUUGAAGCUUGUCUGAAUUCGCGACCUCUAACUCCACAGUCUGAUGAUAUUGAUGAUCUCACAGCUCUAACUCCGGGUCAUUUUUUGAUUGGCUCUGCACUGUUAUCUCCAGCAGAGCCCGAAGAAUUCCCAACGAAGAUAGCUAUGCUCAAUCGUUGGCGUAAGCUGAAAUUGGUUCAGCAAGAAUUCUGUCGCAGGUGGAAAUGUGAUUACCUCAAAGAACUCAACAAAAGAAAUAAAUGGAAAAAUCCAUCACCAAAUCUGCAAGUGAAUGAUUUAGUUGUAUUGUCUCAGGAAAUGGGAAGCCCUAAUGAAUGGAGAUUAGGGCGUGUGAUAAAACUGUACCCUGGUUCUGAUGGACUUGUCAGAGUUGUGGAUUUAAAAACUCCGUCAGGCAUCUUACGCCGUCCUGUUCACAAAUUGGUUCUUCUACCCCGUUCAUCCUAA